AGUAGGGGGAAGAGGAGGGAGGUACCCUCCUUGGUCUGCCUGAACUCGACACUGAUGUUGACGCUGGAGACAAGACCUCCAGAAGAAAGAACAGACCUAACUCUGUCACCUCUGACAACGAAGAGAUUAUCAAUCCCGUGAUUCAGUGAACUCCCCAAUAAGGGACGUGGUGAAGAGACAAGCCAAUCCCGCAUUUUUAAAGGAGAAGGAAUAUAGGAUUGGUAUUAAGGUAAGUUUAGUUGCUGGUGUUCUUGGUCAUUUGGAUAAAACUGUGUUGCUGGUUCUCUGUGUAUCAGAUGACCAUGGAUGAACUGGCAACG